AUGCUUGACAAUGAAAACGACGAUGAUGAUGACGAACAACUGCACGCGGUUGAUAUCAAAGAAACACUUGAUGAACUCACCUGUACACAUUACGUAUGGAUAAAAAAUUUAAGUGCUUUAAUUCAAAACCAAGUCUGUGCCAAAGAUCGUUCUAAAAAACACAUUUGCAAUCGUUGCUUGCACUAUUUUUAUUCCGACCAGAAAUUACAAGAACAUUUGGUGUGGUGUCGUUCACAAAAUGAAACCAAAAUAACUUUACCAGACGCCGAUCAUCGUUGGAUUAGUUUUAAGAAUUUCAAAAAUAAAAUUCCAAUUCCAUUUAUCAUUUAUGCAGAUAUUGAGUCUUUGUUAAUUCCGAUAACAAGCAAUGAUAGCAACGAAAACAUUGACUUCAAAAAGAGACAACCAAAAGGUGCAACACAUAAACAAAUUCCAAACAGCAUUGGAUGCUAUUUACAUUCACUAAAUGAACCUGAUCUAUCCCACUAUAAAUGUUGUUCUGGUGAGAAGUGUAUCGAUCAAUUCAUCUUUCACUUGGAACAUCUAAUGGAAAACAUUAUAUGGCCAAAAAUUCAUGGAAAUAAGCGUAUGCAGUUGACGCCUAAAGAGUUAAAUGAUUUCACCGAGGCCACCGUUUGUCAUAUCUGCAAUAAACCAUUCAAAAAUGAACCGAAUAAUAAAAAAGUACGUGACCAUUGUCAUAUGAGUUCAGCUUAUCGAGGCGCUGCCCACUCCAAAUGUAAUAUGAAAUUUCAAGUAUCAAAAUCAGUACCUGUAGUUUUUCACAAUUUAGACUAUGAUGCGCAUUUUUUGCUUGAGAAAUUAGCCAAUCUCAUCGAAGGACGUAUUUCAAUAAUUCCCAAAAACUGUGAACAUUACGUUUCAUUCACAAAGGAUUUGGAUUGCUUAGACUGUGAUGACGAUGGUGAGUGGACCAACUAUCGCGAUAAACCCCGGUUGAGAUUCAUUGAUUCUUAUCGAUUUUUACAGUGUUCGUUGACUGAGCUUGCAAAAUCUCUACCAUCGGAUAAAUUAAACAUUACACGAAAAGAAUGGAGCAAUUUAAAUGAGAAGGAUUUCUCUUUGUUGACAACCAAAGGAAUAUAUCCAUAUUCUUAUAUGGACUCAUGGGCGAAACUGCAAGAAACGCGACUGCCACCAAAGGAAUCGUUUUAUGAUGAACUGAAUGAUAAUAAGAUAACUAAAAAGGAAUACGCGCAUGAACAAAGAGUAUGGAAAACAUUCAACAUUGGAACACUACAGGAAUACACAGAAAUAUAUCUCAAAACAGACGUUUUGUUGCUUGCUGAUAUUUUUGAAAAUUUUCGUCGCAAUUGCAUCAAACUGUAUGAAUUAGAUCCUUCGCAUUAUUACACAUUAGCCGGCUAUUCAUGGGAUUGUAUGCUGAAAUAUACACAGGUUGAAAUCGAACUUUUCACAGAUAUUGACCAAUUACUGUUUAUAGAGCGCGGAUUAAGAGGCGGUCUUUGUCAGUGCUCCCAUCGAUAUAGCAAAGCAAACAAUAAGUACAUGGAGAAUGAUUACAAUGCUGAAAUACCAUCCAACUAUUUGAUGUAUUUUGAUGUGAAUAAUCUUUAUGGGUGGGCCAUGUCGCAAUCUCUUCCGAUUUCUGAUUUUUCUUGGUAUGGUGAUGAUGAUGAACUUCACGAUAUCGACGGAAUCGAGCGUAAAAUAAUGAACACACAUGAUGAUGCAGAUUUUGGAUUCUUCUUAGAAGUGGAUUUAGAGUAUCCCUCUGAAUUGCACAAUAUACACAAUUAUUAUUAG